AUGUCUGUUCCAUUGAAACCAGAGCUCCUUGCGCAAUUGGAAGUAUUUUUCAAUACAUGUAUGACAAAUCCUUCGUUGUUAUAUCAGCCAGAAUAUUCUUUCAUCAAGACAUUCGUUGAACAUUUUGGAGGGAAAAUACCAAAUCAGCAGUCAAGUAACGAAUCACCAAGCAAAAAGUCGGAAGACGCGAGUGCAUUUAAAAAAGCAGAGUCAGAAUCAGAACCAGAACCAGAGCCUGAGCCAGAAAGCGAAGAAAGUGAUUUGGAACUUGAUCUGAGUGCAGUGAUUGAACCGGACAAAGAUGCUUCUCAAAAGAUGGGAAAUUCCACUUUACAACCAACAGAAGAAGAAAUUGCAGAGUCUCAGGCUAAACGUUCCGAAGCUGUGUCCGCAUUUGUAGAAAAAGAUUACGAGAAGGCUAUAGAACUUUAUACAGAAGCUAUAGUAUUAAAUCCACAGGCAUCGUUGCUUUAUGCCAAGCGUGGACAAAUUUUCUUGUUACUGAAUAAGCCUAAUGCUUGUAUUCGCGACUGUAAUCGUGCCUUGGAACUAAAUCCGGAUAGUGCAGCAGCUCACAAAUUCAGAGGAAGGGCCUAUCAUUUGCUUGGGAAAUUCGAAGAAGCAGCUACCGACUUGAGACUUGCUUGUAAAUUCGACUUUGAUGAGCAAGCUGAUGAAUGGCUAAGAGAGGUUACACCAAAUGUAAGUACUUUAUUUUUUAAUUGUUACUUUUAUGUUUUUUUCAUAACUUGAUUUAUUGCUUUAAUCAAUUUGUAAUAUGUUUAAAGUUAUCAAAGAGAUUGCAUGCUCACUCAAGAUAUUCUCUUGUAAUAAUUUUUUACGCAAUUAAGAUUAGUUGAAUCUUGUUUGUAUAUCGAAUCAAUAUGUCAUAAUUUUAAUUGUCUGUUAUCUCGUUUAUUAUAUAAAUACAUAGUUUGUAUUUAGGAUUGA